UCGGCUCGGGGUUUCCAGUUUCCACUCUCGCCGGCCGUUGGAGCGGCCUACAAGGCCGGGGCGGGCGCUUGCAUUGGCGCGCCGGUCGUAGCGGCGGCGGCGCUCGGCGUCGAGCGGGCGGUUACGAGGCGGACGAGAUGUUCUACUCCAAGGUCCUGCUGACCAAGAAGGGCGCGCUCGGGACGGUGUGGGUGGCGGCUGUCUGCGGCGAGGCGGCGCUGAGCCGGGAGCAGGUUGCGCGCACGGACAUCGUUGCCUCCGUCGAUAAGAUUUUGUCCGAUGUCGAAACCCCACACAGAAUACUGGCACUGCUUCUGCUUGGAAUUGUUAGGAUAUACUCCAAGAAAGUGGAAUACAUCUACCAUGGUUGCAAUCAACUUUUUCGCUCAUUUCAACCAAGACAUUGCGCUGAACCAAGUAUGCCAACUGGAAGAUCAAUGCAUGGAGUUCUGAAGCAAGUGAAGAAAGCUGUUCGUGCAGGAAGAUCAGUGGUAGCCCAACAAGAUACCAGCAAAGUCAAGAAAGCUGUUCAUGCUGCGAUAACAACUGAAAUUUCUGGUCCGAUAUCAAGUGAAGGCCUCUCUUUUAGGCUAGAGACAGAAGUUAUUGUACAAUCAUCUGUGGUAAUCCGAGAAACACUUGUGCCAACUGAUCUGUCAAACUUCACGAUACCAAAAAGAUUUGAGCUUGACUCUUUCGAUUUGGAGAUUGCUGAAGAUACAGAUAAUGACAGUGAGGACCACCAUCAGUUGGCACAUCAAGAUAUUCUAUUGGAAGAUGAGCGCCAUCAUGCCGCCUAUUCAUAUGAGUCUUAUCAGAGGGCCACAAGUUCAUAUGGUGUAGAUUCUACUUGUUUUAUGCCGGAAUACAUCGCUCUCCCACCUGAAGUGAUUGGUGCCAUUAGUGAAGUAAAUAAUAUUCUAGACUUGAGUACCAAAGGGGAUAUACCUGAAAGAGAAGAUCAGAAUGCAGAUUCUGCUUGGUUCACACCAGUGAAGGAUAUUCUUCCGCCUGAGAUGCUGGAUAUUGUGGCUGAAGUAAAUGAUCCUUCAAAUAAAGGCAAAAUGGGUGAUAAAUCUAUAAGAGAAGUGGACAUGGAUGAGGACAUGGGUUCUGCUUGUUCUAUCCCACUGCCAGAGAAUCGAGAAGGCCAACAAUCUGAUAAUGUUCUGCAGAAUAUGACCUGUGCAGGUCUGAGUGCAAAUUACCCCUCAAUUGAAGAAUCAGAAAAUGGGUCACUGCAGGGAAAAUCAAACACUGGACCACCUGUAGGAGGAUUUCCAGAACAUGACAUUGAAGAACAUGAGUCACUGGAACCUCCUGCCGUAGGUUGUAAAAUCAAUGACCUAUCACCUUCCACUCCAGAGCCCUUGCUUGAGGGUGUCCCAGGGCCACCCUCUUCUCCUAGAUUUAGGGUUAGGACACCAGCUAAAAUUGAGAUGUGCCAGAUUACUAGAAAGAGAAGAAGGGGAUUGUACAAUAAAGAUUAUCUGCCAACAGACAGAGAAAACAAGCGGCGGGUUAGGAGAAGAUUAAUGUGGUCAUUGUAUGAUGAGGAUAUCGUACUAUCUAAUGAGAUGUUGAAAAAAGCAAUAGAGGAUACAAAGGAUCUAGUGCACCAAAGAAGGAAGGCACCUCACACUUAUCUUGAAAUUUGGAAGGUGGAAAAAAUUGGUUGUCUGCUAGAUACUUUCAUGGAUCCACUGAUUCCAUAUCAAACUUCAGUCCACCUUGCUCACAUUACUGCACCAGAGGCACCUGAAAGUUCACGCGGGGAAUCAGUUAAAGCAAGAAAGUGUCUUUCUUACAAACGUUCUGAAUCUAGCCAUUCUUGCAAGGAUGCUGGAAAUACAGAACGAGAAAGCAUUCUAGAUGAACCAAGAAAGAGAGAAUUGGAUGAGCCAACAGAUUUUGAGUCUCCUGCUGGCUGUUACACGGAAAAGAGACAUCUUCAAGAUGAUGUUUGUGAAUGUCACGAUGCCAUGACCAAAGAGAAUGACACUCAAGUCAAAGGAGAUGAACCUAGUUCAGUAGUACCAUCGAAAAAGGGACCGCAUGAAUCAGAAAACCAUAUUCCAUUGCACAAUGAAGCACUUUAUGCAGCUCUAGACAAUAUAGAUGAGGAUAUUCCUAUGGAUGAAGAACAUACCAGAGGUGAAGGUUUUCUGAGUUCAACAAGAACUAGGAAAAUAGCAAGGUGCUUCCAUGAGCUAUUCCUCCAUCAGAACAGGAAGCAAGGGACUAAAUCUGUAAGUCUCAAUCAAGCCCUUGAAGGGAAAAAGAGGAAAACUUCAGCAAGGUUCUUCUACGAAACUCUGAUUCUGAAGAGCCAUGGGCUCAUAGAAGUCAAUCAAGAACAGCCUUACGAGGAUAUCAUGCUCUCCCCGACUCCGCAACUUGAAGCAGAGGUUGGGAGGAGUGGGAACUAAUUGCCGAAUUAACCUAGCAUUCUCCUCUGUUAAGGGUAGUUUAGCCAGCAGUUUUUUAUCGCCUGUAGCAUUUUUAGAUGGUCGAUGUAUAUAUGAGCUGCGCAUGUACGAGUAGUUAGCUGGUUAGGAACAUAGGAUGUGUUCAAGUUUAUGGUUUAGUUCUAACUUAAUACAGUAGUAGAUGUAAUUACAGUUUUUUCUCAGGUGCUGAAUGUUGAUGGCAUUUGCCAUUAUGGUUUCAGACUUUCGAGUUUC